CCACCACAUGUUUCCAUACAUUCGAACACUUUUUCCUUCCAAACACAGAAAGAAAUAGAUAAGAAAGGCAUGGAUUUCUUCUUCUCUCUCCAAGCGCUUUUCCUCUUCAUUCUCUCCAUUCCUCUCUUCAUCUUCCUCUCUGGCCACAAUCAAAAGAAACCCAAAUCCGAAGGCCUCAAAACCUACCCAUUUCUCGGAAACUUGCCAGCCUAUGUCAAGAACCGCCACCGAUUGCUGGAAUGGAUUACCCAAAUCCUCGCUGAUCAACCAACCAACACCAUCACUUUCCGACGGCCCGGGAACAUUCGAGGAGUCAUAACUGCAAAUCCCAUCAACGUGGAAUACUUGCUCAAGACCAACUUCGAGAACUACCCAAAAGGCUAUCGGUUCAUCUCCCUGCUCGGAGACUUCCUCGGCAAUGGGAUCUUCAAUUCCGACGGGGAUCUAUGGAAGGUACAAAGAAAGACUGCAAGCUUUGAAUUCAAUACCAAGUCGCUCCGUAAUUUUGUUUUGGAGAAUAUCCGCCACGAGAUACAAGACCGGUUAUUACCUUUGCUAGAAAAAGCCAGCAAGAGCAAUAAAAUCAUUGACUUGCAAGACAUUCUUGAACGCUUUGCAUUUGACAAUGUCUGCAAGGUCGCUUUUAAUGAGGAUCCCAUGUGCCUCAGUGAAGAACAGGCAUGUGGAGAAGAGCUCUCACCAGACUUCGCACAAGCAUUUGAGGAUGCAGCAAAUCUUAGUGCAUGGAGGUUUAGGUACACACUGCCAUUCUUUUGGAGAAUCAAGAAGUUCUUUAAUGUGGGGACGGAGAAACAGCUGAAAGAAUCGAUUUCGACCGUCCACAACUUCGCCAUGAGGAUCAUACGGUCGAGGAAGAAAGAUAGUUCCUCUCCUGAUGCCGAUCUACUGUCACGAUUCAUUGCAAACAAAGAUAAUUCGGAGGAGUUCCUUCGAGAUAUCAUCAUAAGCUUCAUACUUGCCGGCCGUGACACAACAUCAUCGUCGCUUGCAUGGUUCUUCUGGCUCAUCUCAUCAAGACCACAUGUGGAACAGAAGAUAUUGGAUGAACUUAAAUUGGUACGGUCCCAAAACCGAAACACAGGUAGGACUUUUAGUUUUGAAGAACUACGAGAAAUGCAUUAUCUCCAUGCUUCAAUUUCUGAGGCUCUUCGUUUAUACCCUCCGGUAGCAGUUAAUACAAAGGAGUGUCGUGAAGAUGAUGUAAUGCCAGAUGGAACAUUCGUUGGGAAAGGUUGGUUUGUGUCUUACAGUACAUAUGCAAUGGGGAGAAUGGAAAGCGUAUGGGGAAAAGACUGCCAAAACUUCUUGCCGGAGAGGUGGCUAGAGAACGGGGUCUUUCAACCUGAAAGCCCGUUUCGGUUUCCAGUGUUCCAUGCUGGCCCAAGGAUUUGUCUUGGAAAGGAGAUGGCCUAUAUACAGAUGAAAUCCAUAGCGGCAUGUGUGAUCGAGAGAUUUGAGAUCGAUUGUCUUGGGAAGAACACAUGUCCUGAGCACAUGCUCUCAUUGACGCUGAGAAUGAAACGAGGCUUGCCAGUACAGGUGAGACAGUGGCGGACUGACAAGAUCGAUUGAGCAUCUGAGAGUUACUAUAUGUGCAUUGGCUCAAGAGGUUCAAGGAAAAUCAAAUAAGAGGUGGGUAUUUGUCUCAAGAAUACAUUAAGCACAAUAUACAAGAGCCAUUAUUGGUGAUUCUAAAUUUAACCAUCAUGUCCUUAGUUUUUUAUUUGACAA